AUGUAUAAUUACUACGACAACCCGAGCUUAUUGGUGUCGCAUACUAACUAUUUAAGGCUUGAAAUAUCAAGAUCUCACAGAAUCUUGUGGUUAUUAGAAGAAUUGAACCUCGAAUAUGAACUAAAGGUAUACAGAAGAACCAGGGAUCCAUCAAUGUCCCUUCUCCGUGCACCACUGGAGUUAAACAAAAUUCGCCAAUUGGGGAAAUCACCUGUUAUCGAGAUCAUUAAGCCGGGUAGGUCCACUCCUGUCAUAUUGGCCGAAACAGGAUAUAUUAUGGACUAUUUGAUCAAACAUUAUGACACCGAACAAAAGUUGGUUCCUAAUAACGAAGAUGACAGAGAAUUGGUCAACUACUACUUGCAAUUUGCCGAAGGUAGUCUUCAGCCAUUCUUGGAGUCAUUGUUGGUCAACAAUAUGGUCACAAAAAUGGCACAACAUGGAGUUGACUCAGUUAACAAAGCGAUCCAGCAAUCAAUAGUUUUUAUUACGGCCCAGAGUUGA